CUCCAAUCUCAAGACACAUCCCCCAGACUUUUGGACCCAGGCUGUGCGCGCCCACACCAGAACGCAGCCAAGGACAGCGCCCCUUGAAAACCACCUGGCAGCAGCAGCAGCAGCAGCAGCGGCAGCUUCCUUUCCCACAAAACGGCAACCCACGACACGACAACCAUGGACGCCCUCCGAUCAGUCCUCCAGCCAGUGACGCACAACCUGCCGGCGCCGGUGCGCGACCUGGGCGUGUCCAUCAUCGGCGAGGCGUGCUACAAGACGCUGCUGCUGGACGUGGACCUGGCCGACGCCGACUGCGUCAAGCUGGCCGUGUCAAAGGGUCUGGGGAUCGGCAUCAUCGCGGCGUCGUCGGUGGUCAAGGUGCCGCAGAUCCUCAAGCUGGUGGGCUCAAGGUCGGCGUCGGGCGUCUCGUUCCUGUCGUACCUGCUCGAGACGACGGCCUACAUCAUCUCGCUGGCCUACAACUUCCGCAACGGCUUCCCCUUCAGCACCUACGGCGAGACGGCCCUGAUCCUGGCCCAGAACGUGGUCAUCUCGCUGCUGGUGCUCAACUACAGCGGCCGCGCCGGCGCCGGCGCCCUGCUCGUCGCCGCGCUCGCCGCGGGCGCCGGGUCGCUCUUCACCGAGGGCGUGCUCGACAUGAAGACACUGAGCUACCUGCAGGCGGGCGCGGGCGUGCUGGGCGUCGCGAGCAAGGUGCCGCAGAUCGCGGCCAUCUGGCAGCAGGGCGGCACCGGGCAGCUGAGCGCCUUUGCCGUGUUCAACUACCUCGCCGGCUCGCUCUCGCGCAUCUUCACAACCCUCCAGGAGGUCGACGACAAGCUGAUCCUGUACGGGUUCGUGGCUGGGUUCGCGCUAAACGCGGUGCUGGCCGCGCAGAUGGUGUACUACUGGAACCAGCCGGCGGCCGCGACCGGUCCCGCGAAGAAGGAGAAGCGCGCCAAGGGGAACUAGGCACAAGGAGGCGGGAACACAAGGAAGGGGACGCGGGAGGGGAGGAGAAUAAUAAUAGACAGGCGGCGGCGGCAAACGUGAAAAUCGAGAGAAAAACAAAGGCAAACACGGUUCGAUGUUUCCUCGCAUCUUUUCCUUCCUUGGCGGGCGGGAUCCCGACACCGGACCUCCGUGGGGCCCAACAUUCACACGGUGCUAGUCUAGAUGGUAUGCUGUGAAUGCCAAGCAGGGGAAAAAAAGCAAUUGCUUCUUUCCCCGUGCCACUCUAGCCCCUCUCCCCCUCCCCUCCGCAUGAGACAUGCACGCAUGCACGCGCCCAUGCCGGGCUGCGAUCCCCCCGGUUCCGAUGGUGGCUUUUUAUGUGCGUUCUCGGCACUGACACAUGCUGGACGAAUGGCGUCCGCCCGGGAUGCCACGGAAAUCCCUAUGCGGAAGCUCCGCGUGACGCACCUCGCGGUGUGCAGUGUCGGGACCAUCAUGGCCUGUUUCUGGUUUCCAUGACCAACGCCGGCGAGCUCGAUUCGCUGUCUUGCUGCGCAGUUGCCCAAUGCGGUUGCGCGCGCCGGGUCAGGUCAGGUGGGCUGGCAGUUCAAGGGCUACGGGAUGGUGAUCUCUCGGAAGUCUUUUCUGGUAUUCGUCUCCGCUUGGAGGGGAGGAUGGGAGAGUUCUUUGGGUUAGGAUAGGUACCUAG